CUUCUUCUACUUCCAAAGCCACACUAUUGCAGUAGAGCGAAGACUGAUCCGCUAGUGCGCGAUUCGAUUCAUUGCUCUAUAAAUACAGUGCCAAAUGAAGAAGCCAUUCACCUCAGCAAUUAGAGAAGGUGAGCUACAACUGUCUUCACUUAGAAUGGAUCACAAAGGUGGCAAUCCAGCAGGCGUUGCUGAAGGUGGUGCAAACAAAGGUGGCAAACCUUCAGGAGUUGCUGAAGGUGGUGCAAGAGGCGGCAGCACUGGAGGUUACUCUUCAAAGGGCCAAGGCGAAGCCUCUUCAUCGGCGAAGCCAAUCGGAUCAGGCGAUGGGGCGAUGAAAGCUCCUGGAGCAGAGGGCUACAUAUUAAGGGAAGCCUUUGAGAGGAACCCCCAAGGCUACUUCCAGGGCCUCCAUCAUGGUGACAAGGGCGGAAAAUGAACUGAGCCAAUCAACUAUCAUUAAUAAUAGCUUCUGAUAUAUGUAACUCUUUUCAUCGCUGAAUCAAUGAAGCAACUUCUUGCUA